CGCAGUGAACUUGCAGCGGGCUGUGAGGAAAGCGAGCGUGGCUUUGUCCUAGGAAACGUGCUUCGUGUUUUGCUUUUUCACUCCUUUAUUUCGAAGAAAGACUCGUAAAGACUUCUGAAACGGUUUUUAAGUGCUCGACUGAGGAUACAAAACAUAUACCGUCUACAGAUAAACCCUUGAAGGGUUUUUGUGUGAGUUUGAUUUUUUGUGCGUGUUUUUUUUUCUUUUUCCUUUUCUUUUUGUCUUUCUUUUCUUUCUUUCUUUUUUUUUUUUUUUUACUUUUACAUACUUUGUUUUGAUCAUCUGAGGCUGGGCCUCACGGUCUUUGUGAAGUUUGAGACGAGCCAGGAGCUACUCAGUAAUAAUUGAUUUUUGAAACGUACUCUUUUGGGGCGAAAGCAAAGAGCUGGUUUUCUGUGCGAGCCCAAUAAAUGCUAUUUAUGAAGAUGGACCUGUUGAACUACCAGUACUUGGACAAGAUGAACAACAAUAUCGGCAUUCUGUGCUACGAAGGUGAAGCUGCUCUCAGAGGAGAACCCAGGAUGCAGACCCUCCCUGUGGCGUCUGCCCUCAGCAGUCACCGCACAGGCCCCCCGCCCAUCAGUCCCAGCAAGAGGAAGUUCAGCGUGGAGCAAGGGGACGAUGACCUGGACUGUGAAAAUGACCAUGCUUCUAAGAUGAGUCGCAUCUUCAGCCCCCAUCUGAGCAAGACUGCCAACGGAGACUGCCGAAAAGACCCCCGGGAGCGGAGCCGCAGCCCCAUCGAGCGCGCCGUGGCCCCCACCGUGAGCCUGCACGGCGGCCAGCUGUUCGCGUCCCUGCCCGGCCUCAGCCUGGAGCAGCCACUAGCACUGACCAAGAACAGCAUGGACGCCAGCAGGCCGGCAGGCAUCUCACCCACGCUGACCCCAGUGGAGCGGCAGCAGAACCGGCCAUCGGUGAUCACGUGCGCCUCGGCCAGCACCCGCAACUGCAACCUCUCCCACUGCCCCAUUGCGCACAGUGGCUGCGCAGCGGCCGGGCCGGCCAGCUACCGGAGGGCCCCGAGCUCCACUGCCACCUGCGACCCCGUGGUGGAGGAGCACUUCCGCAGGAGCCUGGGCAAGAACUACAAGGAGCCCGAGCCGGCACCCAACUCGGUGUCCAUCACGGGCUCCGUGGACGACCACUUUGCCAAAGCCCUGGGUGACACGUGGCUUCAGAUCAAGGCGGCCAAGGACGGCGCAUCCAGCAGCCCUGAGUCGGCCUCGCGCAGGGGCCAGCCUGCCAGCCCUUCUGCGCACAUGGUCAGCCACAGUCACUCCCCCUCCGUGGUCUCGUGAAGGGAGCGCCACCCUUGAACAAGAUGUCAAUCUGCAUGGUUUGCCUGAGCUUUGAACAGUCAGUGCUUAAAAAAUGGAAAAA